AUGGCUCUCUGGACGCCCUACGCUGAAGAUUCCGCUUUGGACUUAACGAAGACUGCAGUGAAAGAAGAACGGGAAAACAAUAUUUCACCGCACAGCCCCGAGCUCUCUUAUGUUUACUCUCACUCGUGUCAACCAGUUUAUGCGGCUUACACGAAUUAUCCGUACAGCGGUCUCUCCAUGCCAUCGGUUCAAAUGUCUCCGAUUUCUGGAGGCAGCACAUGUUCUGGAUAUGAUGCACAGCCUAUAAGCCCGGUCUACGCACCGAGAUCUACGACGUUGUCGCCUCCGGAUUCACCACCAUCGGCAGUGCCUACGACAGCGUCUUGUUUAGACGUAGAUGCUCUCUCAGAUGACCCUGACUUUCAAGCGUUCGAGAAAAAUGCCCUUAGGGCAAUGGCUGAGAAGAACGGCGGGACACUCUUGGGUAACAAUCCGAGGAUGCGUCGGGCCGUCCGUUCCACAAACCAGGAUGCGGCGAACGAUGCUUACAGGAAGCAGAGGGAGCGGAACAACUUUGCCGCAAAGCAGAGCCGGGAUCGCAGGAAGCUGAGAGAGAUCCAUCUCGCCCUGAAAGUUUCAUACUUGAAGAAUGAAGUCGCGAAUUUAAAAGCGAAACUCGCAUCUAAAGUAUGCAGUCGGUGUCAACAAAUGUGCGUAUGUUGA